AGGAUGAGAAGAGAGAGAGAUCUGCAGACAAGGGCUUUCCUUUUUCACGCAUUGAGGGAUUGAUGUGGGAACAGCGCCUGAUUAAACCAGGACCAGGGAACACUACAGUUACUGUUACGCUGUACUGUACCUCUGGAACAGAACAGGUGGAGGGAGGAACCCAGAAGAUCGUGCUCAUCGCUGUGGAUGGUUCCAGAACCUUGUUAAAAUCCAGAGAAGGAUGUGACUUGGCAGCCUGUCAGAGGAAGUUGUUCUCAUCGAAAGGUUUACUUUUGGACUGUGUGUGUGAGUGUGUGUGUGGGUGUGUGUGUGUUUGUGAGUGUGUGUGCCACAGAGAGCCUUCUGCUGUACAUGUGUGUAUACAGGCUGACCUACCCCAGCUGUGGAGCCUCUGUGUGAGAGCGUAAGCCUGCGUUUUGGCCAACCUUCUUAGAAAAUAGCAAAGAGAUAGAGAGAAAGUCUGAGUGCUUGCAUGUAUGUGUGUGAGUAUGUGAGUGUUGAGUGGUUUCUGAGACGUGCUCUGAAAGCAAGAGCGGAAGAUGCCGGCCAUUCUGGUCGCCUCUAAGAUGAAGUCGGGACUGCCCAAACCGGUGCACAGCGCCCUGCCCAUUCCUCUGCUACAAAACAAUUCCGGGUCCAAGACCUCCAUCACUCACAGCCACCUCAGACACAGCCCCCUGAAAGUCCCUCACCGGCAGGGAGAGCGCCGGGGAGAGGACGAGGGGGAGGAAAUGACCACCCCCACCAAAAGGCUCUCAACCACAGGGAGUGACGACCGAGAGGACCCUCAGAUUUACACGGACUGGGCCAACCAUUAUCUGGUGAAGUCGGGCCGUCAGCGACUGAUCAAGGACUUGCAGCAGGAUGUUACAGAUGGAGUGCUACUGGCUGAGAUCAUACAGGUUGUGGCAAAUGAGAAGAUAGAAGACAUCAAUGGCUACCCUAAGAGCCGGACUCAGAUGAUUGAGAACAUUGAUACCUGCCUUGGAUUCCUGGCAGCCAGAGGGGUGAACAUCCAGGGUCUCUGUGCAGAGGAGAUUCGUAAUGGGAACCUGAAGACCAUUCUGGGUCUGUUCUUCAGCUUGUCCUGCUACAAGCAACAGCAGCAGCAGCAGAAGGUGUUGAAACAGCAGGCCUCUCAUCAGCCAAAGCACAGUACCCAGCCUGGACAUACUCCCCAUAGAUCACCAGCCCUCUCUCACACCCACACCCAUCAUACCCACAGCUCCAKUGCACCAGAACACAAAGCAGCAUCAGAUAUGCUGUCCAGACUGCCAGGCCCCACCACGCGCGUCUCAGCCCCAGGCAGCGAGGGGAAGCAUCGCGGGGCCUCCAACAGCAACCGCCGCAGCCAGAGCUUCAACCACCAUGACAUGCCCAAGUCCUCCAGCAGUGACAGAGAGAGAAGCAUCACGGCCUCUCCCAUCAUGACUGAGCACAGUCUGUCUCCAGGGCCCAUCAAUGGCUGCUCUUCCUCCUCCAACCCCCAGCCCAAUGCAGGCAACAMRAGCAAGCCCUGGAGGAGUAAGUCCCUGAACACCAAGCACAGCACCACCUCCUCCAUGCUGUCCGUCAAGCAGGACCCUCUCACCAGGCAGCCCGUGGCCACACCCCUAGAGAUCCUCCCUAAAGUCAUCGCCCAGAAGUCCAUGCUGGAAAAACUCAAGCUUUUCAACAGCAAAGGAGGCUCCAAGGCAGCUGGAGUCCUGACUGACAGGCCGACAGGGCAGGAGACGGAGUUGAUGGAGUCGCUUCCCACCAGCAGUGACCACCUAGAGGAGGCAGAGGGGAACUCCCGGCCCCCCAGUGUCAUGGCGACCAGCCCCAAGCUUGCCCUGAAGGGCAUUGCCCAGCGCACCUUCGGCAGGGCCCUCACCCCCCGGAAGAGCUCUCUGAAGACUGGGGAGAAGGACAAGGCCAGGCCCAAGGAGAGGGACAAGGCCCGGGAGGGAGMCUCCAAGCGGGGGUUCGUCACAGAGCAGGAGGAGCCCAGGGAUGACACCAGGCAGGAGGGAGUAGGUUCAGACUCAGCAGAGCCCAAGAGGAACACUAAGAGUACCAGCCUCAUCCCAAAAGGAGGCAAGGCUGGCAGUGGCAAAAAGGAGGUCUCAGCCCCAGCAGCACACAGCGGAAUACAAAAGCCAGGGUUCAAGGCAGGGAAGACCUCAGGGGUGCCCUCUUCUGGUCGAGAUGGAGACAGGCCCAGCAGUUUGAGGGCCGGUGGGGGUUGUGGUCACUCUGUGCACAAGUGCCAGCUGGACAGCAGAAGCUCCAGCUCCUGCUCCAGCCUGGCCUCCUCUGAAGGGAGGUCUCACCAUCAACACCACCACACCAACGGAGCGCCCCCAGUGGCCACCACAGCCAGCAACACCAUCAGUGUCCAGCUACCUCAUCCUCAGCAGCAAUAUAACCACCCCAACACUGCCACUGUCGCACCAUUCAUGUACAGGUCUCAGCCUGAUGUGACUGGAGCAGACAUGAUGAUGGAGGCAGCGGGGUCACUGGAGGGUCACAGAGAGACUGCAGCCAUCAGCAAGUCAGCAGACAACUCCCAGGAGGACCUCACAGGUGAAGACCCUGAGGCCAGGCGGCUGCGGACGGUGAAGGACAUUGCAGAUCUGAGGCAGAACCUGGAGGAGACCAUGUCCAGCCUGAGGGGAACACAGAUUAGCCACAGCACCCUAGAGACCACCUUUGACAGCAGUGUCACCACUGAGAUCAGCGGGAGAGGCAUGCUCAACCUGUCCCCCCGCCCCAACCCAGCGCUCCCCUGGCGACUGUGCCCCUCCAGCCCACGUCUGCAGGCAGGCGACGCCCCCUCUGUGGGGAAUGGGUACACAGUGGUGAUGCGUGGCAGCUCCAGUGGCAUGGUGAGCCCAGAGGAUGGGCGCUACCUCCGCAGCAGGCAGACACCAGGACAGGAGAGUAACACUGUGUGUGACCUGUCAGACAAGAUGGAAGAGCUGGAGGGCGUUGCCAUAGAGACCACAGGGUACAUGAGCGAUGGGGACGUGCUAGGGAAGAACAUCCACAUGGACAAAGUCACCAGCGGCUACAUGACGGACGGCGUGGGCAUGUACACACCCCGCCUCAACCGCCUGCCGGAUGGCAUGGCUGUGGUCCGAGAGACACUCCAUCGUAACAGUUCCAGGGGCCAAGGGGACGCCACCGACAGUUGGGACGACAGCAGCUCGGUGAGCAGUGGGAUCAGUGACACCGUCGACACAGAUGACAUCAACACCAGUUCCUCAGUCAGCUCCUACGUCAACACUCCGUCCGACUCCUGCAAGGACAUAGAGGGACAGCUCCAGACGGAAGCAGAGAAGCACUCGGCCAUCGAGCAGAACUCUGUGUGGUCCGGCAGCGACGAGGUCAAGAGGUCAGGCGGUGGCUCGGACAACGGGGUCAAAAUGGAGUCGGGCUCCAAGUAUUGCCGCCACCCCUCAGACAUGUCGGACGAGUCGGACAGGAGCUCCUUGGGCCUCAAUACGCCCUCCAUGGCCCACACAGGCUCCUGGAGGCGGGGAAUGAGCGCCCAGGUGGGUGUAACCUCGCCCAGGACCAAGGCCCUCAUCACGCCAGGCUGUGCAAUGCUGAAGACCCAUGUUACAGGUAAAACGGACGACGCCAAGGUGUCUGAGAAGGGCCAACAUCAUCUCUCUCCCCGGGCCAAGUGUAGCAUGCAGCGCUCCCCAUCAGACACGGGCCGCAGCAGUGGAGAUGAGGCCAAGAAGCCCCCCUCCUCCUCCAGCUCCAGCCGCACCCCCACCACCAACACCUUUGGAUUUAAGAAGUAUGCAGGAGGAGGUAUGACCAUGGUGACAGCCAGCGGAGUGACCAUCACCAGUGGCUCCGCCACCCUGGGGAAGAUCCCCAAGUCAGUGCAGCUCCACGGGGGUCGGGGUCUUGGUCGCCAGGCCAGUGUGGAUGAUGGCUACCUACCUGUGAGCUCACACUCCAACCUGCAGUACCGCAGCCUUCCCCGGCCCAGAAGAGCCUCUGGCGGGGGACGCAGCACAAGCCGCUCGUCCAGCACCAGCAUCGACUCCAAUCUCAGCAGCAAGUCCAACACGCUCCAUGGCCCCAAAAGCCGCAGCCAAGUCCCCAAACCCAGCGUUGGUGGCAUCCCCCUUCCUGGCUCUGGAUCCAACCAGACAGACCGGGAGAAGGGGGUGUCCUCUGAAGCCAGUCCCACAGCCCAGGGAGCCAGGCAACCAGGGGGAAAGUACCCGGACGUCUCCUCCCCUACCAUGCGCAGACUGUUCGGAGGMAAGCAGGCUAAGCAGCAGGCCCCAGUCACCACCGCAGAGAACAUGAAGAACUCCACCGUCAUCUUCAACCUCCAAGCCAACUCUGGCCAGCAGGGUGGCGCUCUGGACUCCCCCUCGGCCAGUAGCGGGGGCAGUAGCCCUCUGUAUGGGAGUGGAGGUCGUCUGGGUGUGGAGGCCCACUCCCUCUCCCCCCUGGCCUCCAGUCCCAGCUCGGCUCUGUCCACCCCCUCCCACAGCCUGGCCUGGAGCAGCACCCUGAGCAGGGACACUCUGAGCCCCGGCUACCCCUCCCUCAGCAGCCUUGCCACCAGCAGCGAGUCCAUCGACCUGUCUCUGGGCAGCGGAGGCCACGGACACCACGGCCCUGGUCACGACACACUGCCAGCCUGCGUCAGGAACAACGGCAUCAAAACUGGCUUCUCAGACAGGUACGGCCACCUGCCCCAGCUACGUAGUCAUGACGACCCCCGGGAUUGGCUGCGUUCCCACUCUGCAGGAGGUCUUCAGGAGUCUGCCGCCAGCUCACCCUUCUACCCCACCUCCAGCCUCACCUCGCCCUCCGGAGCCCGCUUCAACUUCUCCCAGCUUGGCAGCCCUACCACGGCGGCACAGAUCAACCUGGCAAACCUCCGCAGCGGCCUGGCCAAUCAGGACGGUUCGUAUGACCCAUACAGUGACCCCCGUCUGAGGAACUCGUCCAUGUCUCUAGAGGAGAAGAGUCGCACCAUGACCAGCUCUGGGUCCUUCAGAGAAGGCCUGGAGGAGGUCCACGCCUCCUCUGUGUCUCUGGUGUCCAGCACUUCGUCUGUCUACUCCACGCCUGAGGAGAAAGCUCAGUCAGAGAUUCGUAAACUGCGGAGAGAAUUGGACGCCUCCCAAGAGAAGGUGUCUGCUCUGACCACUCAAAUGAGUGCUAAUGAUCACCUGGUAGCAGCAUUUGAGCAGAGCUUGGGGAACAUGACCAUCCGACUCCAGGGACUUACCACCACGGCUGAGCAGAAGGAUUCUGAGCUAAACGAGCUGAGGAAGACCAUAGAACACCUGAAGAAGCAGAAUACCACAGUCCAGGCAGCCAUCAACGGUGACAUCAAUCUCCCAGAGCCCUCCUGCAACGGUGAUAGGUCAGCUUCAGCCAAUGAGAGCUCCCAGCCUCAGCCGGACCUGCGUAUCCACAGACAGCACUCAUCUGACAGUGUGUCCAGCAUCACAAGCGCCACCAGCCACUCCAGUGUGGGCAGCAACCAGGAGCUGGACUCCAAGAACAAGAAGAAGAACUGGCUACGGAGCUCCUUCAAGCAGGCAUUUGGGAAGAAGAAGUCGCCCAAGUCUGCGUCCUCCCACUCGGACAUUGAGGAGAUGACCGACUGUUCCCUGCCCUCCUCCCCCAAGCUAACAGCAUAUAACUGCUCCACCACCUCUACACCCAUGCUCCAGAACUCCCACUCCAACUCUUUGAUCUCAGAGUACACAGACAGCGAGGCGGAGAAGGUGAUGGGGCUCCGCAGUGAGCUCCGAGACAAGGAGAUGAAGCUGACUGACAUACGCCUGGAGGCCCUCAGCUCCGCCCACCAGCUGGACCAGCUCAGGGAGUCCAUGAACCGUAUGCAGGGCGAGAUAGAGAGGCUGAAGACCGAGAAUGACUGCUUGAAGAUGGAGAGUCAGGGCAGCUGCAGCAGAGCAGCCUCACAGGCCUCAGUGGCCUCACCCUCAGCUGGCCAGUCAAAGCACGGCCUCGCCCUAACAGAGUCCACCAGCCUCGACAUGCUGUUGGAGGACAACGGGGACGGUAGCUCACGGAAAGAAGGACAACACGUCAAGGUGGUCGUAACUGUGGAUGAGGACACCAAGUGGAAAGAGGACCGUAGACCUCGUCAGUUCCUGAUUGGUUGCAUUGGUGUCAGUGGGAAAACUAAGUGGGAUGUGCUUGAUGGGGUGGUCAGACGUCUCUUCAAGGAGUACAUCAUCCAUGUGGACCCAGUCAGCCAGCUGGGUCUAAACUCAGACAGUGUCCUGGGCUAUAGCAUCGGGGACAUCCAUCGCACCAGUGGGGCUGACACCCCUGAACUCCUCCCCUGUGGAUACCUUGUUGGAGAUAGUGACACCAUCUCUGUCUCCCUCAAAGGUGUGUGUGACCACAGCCAGGACAGCCUGGUAUUCGAGACACUGAUUCCCAAGCCCCUGCUGCAGCGCUACGUGUCCCAGCUGCAUGACCAUGGCAGGAUCAUCCUGUCUGGCCCCAGCGGCACUGGAAAGAGCUUCCUGGCCAGCCGGUUGGCCGAACACAUGGUGCUGAAGGAGAGGAGAGAGGUCACCGAUGGGACCAUUGCCACGUUCAACGUAGACCACAAGUCAAGCAAGGAGCUGUGUCAGUACCUGUCUAACCUGGCUGACCAGUGUAAUAGUACGAGUCAUGGGGUGAACAUGCCCCUGGUGGUCAUACUGGACAACCUGCACCGCAGCAGCUCCCUGGGAGAGGUCUUCAAUGGCCUGCUCAGCUGCAAGCACCACCACUGUCCUUAUAUCAUUGGAACAAUGAAUCAGGCUACAUCGACCACUCCCAACCUCCAGCUUCAUCAUAAAUUCAAGUGGGUGCUGUGUGCCAACCAUACUGAGCCAGUGAAGGGCUUCCUGGGUCGGUUCCUGAGGAGGAGGCUGAUGGAGACGGAGAUUAGCAGCCGACAGCGCAACGCUGAGCUGGUGAAGAUCACCGAGUGGAUCCCUACUGUCUGGCAUCACCUCAACCGCUUCCUGGAGUCCCACAGCUCCUCGGACGUCACCAUCGGGCCCCGCCUCUUCCUGUCCUGCCCCAUGGAUGUGGAGGGAUCCAGAGUGUGGUUCACAGAUCUGUGGAACUAUUCCAUCAUUCCCUACAUGCUGGAGGCUGUCCGAGAGGGGCUGCAGCUGUAUGGGAGGAGAGCUCCAUGGGAGGAUCCAGCACAGUGGGUGAUGGAGAGUUAUCCAUGGGCAGCCAGCCCCCUGCAGCACGAAUGGACCCAGCUGCUGAAGCUCCGGCCAGUGGACGUGGGAUUCGAUGGAUACUCCAUCUCCAAAGACGGCUGUCCCAGCAAGCAGCUUCCCCAGGGAGACACUAACGGAGACCCCCUGAUGAACAUGCUGAUGAAGCUAAAGGAAGCGGCCCACUGCUCCGCCAGCACUCAGAGCUACGACAGUGACUCCAACAGCAACCAGGAUCACCAUGACAACACCAUGCUUGACUUAUCACUGGAGUCCACACUAUGAGUCUCACUGGGUCAGAUAAUACUCACUGUGGCUGGGACACAUCCUAACUUGAGAUACCUUUGUGUUAAUCAUCCAUUGACAUCAAUGGGAGACUGAUAUGAGGUUAUGUAUUUGAAGUUAGAAUUUGGACCUCUGUGUUUCAUAUCUUUAGGCAGACAUAUUACAUAAUAGUUGGAACUCACUACUUUCCAAAAAGGGUUCUUCAAAGGGUUCUCCUAUGGGGACAGCCGAAGAACUCUUUUAGGUUCUAGAUGGCACCUUUUGUUCUAAGAGUGUAGGCCUUACAGGGCUAUUAAAUUACGGUCCUGAAGGGAUGAAAUAUUUCUGGUUUUUCAUCCUCUCCUUCUAAUUCAGAUCUGGAAACCACUUGAAUACAAUUAACUACCAGAUAGAAACAAAAAAACUUAAAUGUUUCGCCCCUCCAGGACCGGAAUUUAAUAGCCUUGGGCCAUACUGGGUGCUGGUAACCCAAGAUAAAAAUCCCAGUCAAAGUUCAAUAACCUGAAUAAUUUCAACUCAGUACUCUACUAUUUUCAGUGUUUAUUAGGAGUCUGUUUAUAAUCACAGGCAAAGACAGUCAACCAUAUGAGCUUAUGAGAUGUCAAACCGGUUGACUGUGACCUAACCUAGGCUAUAACUUAUGUGAUGUCAAACCGGUUGACUUGACUGUGACCUAACCUAGGCUAUAGCUUAUGAGAUGUCAAACCGGUUGCCUUGACUGUGACCUAUACCUAAGGCUAUAGCUUAUGUGAUGUCAAACCGGUUGCCUUGACUGUGACCUAACCUAGGCUAUAGCUUAUGUGGUCCAAACUAAGUAGCAAUAACUGGAUAUACAUUCACUCAGCUGCAUAGAGCUUGACCUGUGUGCAUUUUCUUAGUGGAGAGGCACACACCAUGGUGGACAUAUUUUUUAUGCUUAACUUUCAAAUGAUGCCUUGCUACUUUUAUAACAACGGUGGUAACACGCAUGCCUUUAAUGAACAUGAUUUCUAUAGAGGCUGUGCAGAAUUUAGGUGCUGGCUGCUAGCUUGUUCAGACUUUGAUGAAAACACAUCCUUUCUGUGCACCUAGAGGGUAGCAAAAAGGUCUAGGCUUUUGUUAGGGAUUUUUUUAAAUCAGUGAUACUUAUAGGAUUUUUGGUGCUCUGCUUGGGAAAAUGUGAACUUAUUGACAGAAAAUGUUUUUUUAUCUUACCUCAUGAGCGUUUCAAACAGUAUCCCAACAGUGCUUGUUUGUCUUUUGUUCAGCUCAAAACGGAGCGCAAUCCCUGCAUGAAAUGUUUCAACCCAGUGUUUCUCUUAUAGAGGCACUUUGGACAUGUAGACCCACAUCUGAAAGGUCCCAGUCUAGAAAAGGAUCAGAGCGACUGCAUGGCUUUGAGACAGAGGCUGGCGUGUCUAGUCGCUCACUCUGGAGAAUUAGCACCAGGGCCAUUUGCAUCAAGUGUUAAUGGGAUCCUCAGUGUUGCUGUAUUGGAGUGACUAGGAUUUAUUCCCUCAUAAGAUGGAGUUUUUUCAGAGUGGCUUAUGCUACUACUAGGUACCACUUUGGUUGCUCCCCCUCACAAGGUCCCCAUUAUCUACCAGUGUUGUUGCUGUUGCUGUUCAUCCUCUGAGUGUUCUUACAAACAAAUGCUAUGCAAAUUUCAUUUGGAAUUUUAGACUAAAGCCAAAACAAAAAUUCACUUCCAUUUUUACGUAUUCUCAAGAGUUCUAUUGUAAGUACAUUGAUCUGUGAAUAUUUUUGUGAGGUUUGUAUUUUCACUACCAUAUCUUACUGGAUUGUAAAGGGUAAUGCAAGCACAAAUAGAAAACGUUUGUUUUUCUUUUCUUGGUCCCACAAAGUUUGGAUGUUGGAAUGUUGUGAAAAAGGUGUGCUAUUGAAUCUAGUUGUUAAUAAUGUUUAAUAAUUAUUUUAUAUGUGCAUUUUGCUUAUGUAAAUUGUUUUAUGUAAAGAUGUAAAUAUUUUAUCUGAAUCCCAUGUUUUGAAAACAUUUCUAGAAAUCUUGUACAGAAAUAGAGAGUAGUAAUUUGUGUACAGUUUGGUUUACUCUGUAGAUUGUAUGUUGUUAAUAUGUUGUCAAUAAUAGAUGUGAAAUAUCAUGAGACUGUGAGAAUAAAUCUGGUCACGAUACUGUA